AUGAACUCGGAAAAUGAGAUAAUUGUUAUGGGACAUGAUGCUGAGUAUGGAGGCAAAUAUGAAUUCCAAGAUAUGGUAGUUGAAGAAUAUGAUGAGGAACUGAAUGGUGAAGUACAAGCAAAUAAUAAUCAAGCAUACAAUCCGAAUCUAUGGCCAGUGGCAGCUACAAAAAUGCUUAUUGCAAUAAAAGGACCAAUGAGUGCCGAAUUUGAAAAAAUUAAAAAAAAAGGGUCAAAAAACUGCACUCUGGCAAAAAAUUGCCAACACAAUGACAAAUAA